AUGGAAAAAAGUACAAAUAUUGAUUUUUAUAUGGAGCAUUUAGGAGACUUCGGAUCAUACCAACUGCGGCAGUUUUUACUAAGUCUAAUGUCAGCAUUCACAGCUGGUCUACACAUGAUGGUUUUAGUCACUGUCGCUGCUGUACCUGAAUACAAUUGUUUAAUACCAGAAUCAGAAACAGAAUCAAACAUCACAAAUUGGAUUAUGGCACCAAAAUUUAAUAACGAUUCGUGUCAAGUAAUAAAUGCAUAUAAUAAAACUAUAAAUUGUGAAAAAUGGAUAUUUAAUGAAACAUACUACGGAAGUACUAGAGCUACGCAGUGGAAUAUGAUUUGCGAUAAUCGAUGGAUGGGAUCUUUAGCACAGAUGAGUUACAUGUUUGGAGUAUUUACCGGCUCAGUUGUGCUUGGAAGUCUUGCUGAUAAAUUUGGCCGUAAAAAGAUUUUCUGCAUUUCAGCCGUAGCACAAUUGAUUCUUAGUAUCGGAGUAGCGUUUCUUAAUAAUUAUUGGAUAUUUAUAGCUACCACAUAUGUAUAUGGAAUUUUCGGUUCAUCGGGGUCUUAUAUUUCAGGAUUUGUUUUAACUAUGGAGUUAGUAGGACCCUCAAAACGUUCAGUAUGUGGAAUUCUAUUUCAAACUACAUUUGCUUCUGGUAUUAUGGCCGUAGCAGCAUGGGGAUAUUUCAUCAGGGACACCUUUUUACUACAAAUUAUAUAUGGCUUACAUAGUUUAAUUCUAAUUCCUCAUUUCUGGUUGAUUGAUGAGUCUCCAAGAUGGUUAUGGGGUCAAGGAAGAAAAGAAGAAGCAAUUAAAAUUAUUCAAAAAGCACUAAAAACCAAUAAUAAAACAAUGCCAAUACUAUUAGAAAAAGAACCAAUGGUUUCGUUAAAUAAUGAUGAACCCGUCAAAGAAAAUAAUCAAAAUCGAUCGUAUUCGAUAAUAGAUUUGUUCAAAACACCAAACCUGAGAAAUAAUACUAUCAACGUUUGUCUUUAUUGGUUUGCUGCUAGUUUUGGGUACUAUGGUAUUUCGCUUCGAACCGGAAAUCUACCAGGGAACCCAUAUUUUAUGCUCUUUGUGAUGGCUGCUGUAGAAAUACCUAGUUACAUAUUUGUAACAUUAUCAAUGGAUCGUAUGGGAAGACGAUUUCUUAGCAGCUCAAUGAUGAUUGUUGGAGGAACUGCUUUGUUUGUUUCUGCAUUUUUCCCCUCAGAUCCAUUAUCACAAUCAAUAUCUACUGGUAUUGUGUUCCUUGGAAAGUUUUGUAUAGCUGGAGCUUUUGCUAUUAUAUAUAAUUAUACUGUAGAACGUUUCCCUACUGUGGUUCGUAACACUGCUAUUGGACUUGGAAGCAUGUUUGCACGUUUAGCUGGUGGUUUUACUCCUUUAGUUACCCUGUUGGAUUCAUAUGAUGUAAGAGCCCCGGCAGUAACGUUUGCUCUGGUAACCCUUUUAGCUGGAGUGUUAAGUACUUUACUUCCUGAGACACUUAAUACAGUAAUGCCACAAACAAUGGAGGAUGGUGAAGAGUUUGGAAAGGGCGAUACAUGUUUUACGACUGGAUGUUUUGGGCGAAAAAAAAAAGCACAGCCACAACAAAAAGAAAUUCCUGUUGAAGAAAGUUACUAAUUGUAAAAGAAAAUUAUAUAACAUUAACAUAGCACUUUAGUAAUUGAGUUUAUCUUAUAAAAAUUAUUUUUUUUAAAUGUAUAUUUUGAAGAUAAUUAUUUUUAUUUUAUA